AUGGAGGUGAAAACUGAAUUGACAAUAGUGGCCCUCGAUGGGAUCAUAUGUGUUUACAGUUCGACUUUGAAGGGGUUACAGCUAGCACCUCUCAACAUACCUCUAAAGAGGCGUCUCCAGACUCUGGGUGUGAUUUACUACUGGGCAUCUUUCAUCUUGAUGGGUUUGAUACCCAUCUUACUGGGCGUGUAUCUCAUUUUUACAGACUUUUAUUGGAUAACCAUCUUGGGCGUGGCUUGGUCCUACUAUGAUCGUAAGACCCCUCGUAAAGGAGGCAGGCGUCUGCCCUGGUUACGAGUCAGAUACAUGCCUCAGUGGGCCUGCAUCCGAGAUUAUUUCCCAAUAUCACUCAUCAAAACAGCCGACCUCGAUCCCAACCAUAAUUAUCUCUUUGCUGUUCAUCCACACGGCAUCAUGAGCAUUGGAGCUGUCAUAAACUUCGGGAGUGAGGUGACGGGAUUUAGUGAAAAGUUUCCCGGGAUUACUCCGUCGUUGCUUACUCUGCAAGGCUGGUUUAAAAUCCCGCUUGCGAGAGAUUAUCUCAUGAUGGGAGGGCUGUGUCCAGUGAGUAAGGAGAGCAUUGAUUGGUUGCUAGGGCACUCUGGUCCCGGUAGAUCGGUAGCCAUUGUAGUGGGUGGGGCUUCCGAAUCUCUGGAGUCCCACCCAAAUCAUCACGUGGUCUAUCUCCAAAAACGGAAAGGGUUCAUCAAGAGAGCCAUUGAGAACGGUGCCCAUCUGGUUCCAUGUUACUCUUUUGGUGAGGCAGACAUCUUUAAACAGUUUCCCAACCCACCAGGUUCUUUCCUUCGUGCUAUCCAGAAUCGUCUGUCUAAACUCAUGGGUUUUGCUCCACCAGUAUUCCACGGCCGGGGAAUAUUCAACUAUUCCUUCGGUCUACUGCCCUUUCGACGACCAAUUUCAACAGUGGUUGGAAAGGCACUUCCCGUGGAAAAAAUUGUGAACCCUAGCAACGAAGAAAUCGAUAAGGUUCACUGGGAAUACAUGAAUGAAUUGAGGGCGCUUUUUGAUGAACACAAGACAAAGUAUGGCAUUUCGACAGACGAAAAAUUGAUCUUUGUUUGAAGAUGGAAAACUGUUAUUGUUGACUAUAGUGUUGGGCGCAUUAUCUAGUAGGACUAUAUGGUGACUGAUGUCAAGAAGUCAGGCGCAGAUCCACAGGGGGUCGGGUUGUCAACUCCCCCCCCCACGGGCUUCAGACUGCCUGGGUCUGAAGAUUGUAAACCUCCUAAAAGCAUAAAACCUUGCAGUGUCUUAUUUGUGUUUGGUUGAGGAGAAAACAGAGAAUGCAUGGCUUCAGCAGUAGCAACAAAUACAGUAACCCCCCUAAAAAAAUGUCGAGCCCCCCAAAAGAACUGAUGAUCGUUCUGUUACAUGAUUAACUAUACCCUUUACAUGUAUGUAAAUAUAGCGACAACGAAUCACGAAUAAAGUGACUCAAAGCUGAUGGGAUUUCAAGCUAUUCAUGGUGACAGACGACUAAG